UCACACUUAACCGUCUGCAAAUUUAAACAAAAAGCAAGCAAAACUUUAUAUGAUUUAAUCAAUUCGGUUAUGAAAAUAACAAAACGCAACGCGUCAGUUUUUGCACGUUUCAAAGCGACAACACGUUUCGUAGUUUCAAUAGUUUGCCGUGGCUCCAACGCUUCGUCCAGUGCUGCUCAGUGUUGUUGUUGUUGGUGCUGCCGAUUUGCAAGGCGACAAAGUGCUUGUGUGUGUGAGUGAAUGUGCGUCUGUGUGAGUGUAUGCGUCGUAUAUAUGUGUGGUGAAGAUAAUUUAGUUAGAGGUCAUAUCUAUGCGUAAGCAUUUGCAACAUGCGGCAGCAAGUUGAUGAUAGCGGGACAGACGUCUUGAAAUACACGCGCCACAACAACAAAAGACGCUUGCAGUUCUACGCCCACAACGUCCACGCCCACUGCCAACCACAGCAGAGCAGCAGCAGCGUCGCCAGCUUCAUUUUAUAGUACGCAGCGUCAUGCCAACAACAACAACAAGCAAAUCAACAACACCCGAAGAAGAAGAAGAGGAAAAUUGCGAUACGCUAAUGGCGUCCUUAACAACAAAAGCAACGACAACAACCACACCACCAACGCCAAUAAUAGCGGAACAGCCGCAGCUACCGUCGGCAGCAGCAGCAGCAGCAUCUGAUGCAGUGGCAAUGCCAGCGCCAACGUCAGCGCCAGCAGCGCGGCCGACACCAACGCCCACACUUUUGCCUCUGCUGGCCUCAGCGGCCGCCUGCAAUAAGCAGCUGCUGUUCUGCCGGCGUUUUAAGGAGACAGCGGACAGCGCUGGAUUUUUGCGUAACUUUAACUCGCUGCCGCUCUUUGUGUACGCGACGUCGCCAUCGACGCAUGCCAGCUCUGCCGAUGGCGUCGGCGUCGCCAGGGAAGCUGCGGCCGCAGCAGCAGCAGCAACGGCAUUCACUCAAAAGAAUGAAGGUUUCGAGCUACCCGCAACGCAUGGCAACUGCAAGAUCGACGGCAGCUGUAUUAGCCAACACAGAAGUAGCAACACUAACAGCAGCAACAACAAUAACAGCAACAGCAAUAGCAACAUCAACAACCACAUUAACAACCACAGCAGUGGCCUCUCACGCGUCACCGAAUUGGCCAGCGGGGCCAUGGAAUGCCUGCCAAUGAGCGCUGGCGUUGUCACACAUCAUCCACAUCUGAUGGCUGGCGGUGGCGGUGGUGCUGUUGUUGGUGCUGGUGCUAGUGGCGGUGCGAUGGUCAGCUCACCGACAGCCACUGUGGUGGUGGGCGCCGCAUAUCCACAUCAUUUGCACCAUCAUCAUCAUCAUUUGAGCCACCAUGCACCGUAUAGCAACAGCUAUGGCAGUCAUCCACAUCAUCCCAUACACAGUGAGCAAACGAAAUCGCUGCAGGAGCUGCAGCAUGAGGUGGGCGCACUGCUGGAAUUCCGAGAUCUGGUCAUCGAAACGUUUCCCGAUCUCAAGCAUAAAAUGGCCUCCAUGUCGACGACACCAUCCACGCCCAAUUCGGUGGGCGCUCUAGGCGGCAGUCACUCGGUGGGUGGCGUAGUCGUUGGCAGCUCCUCGUUAGCAGCCAGACGCGAAUGGGAGCCGGGCAUACGCAUGAAGCGCAAAUUGUCGCACAAGGAACCGUCCACGACGACGUCGACGGGCGGCGUCGCAACUGCAGCUGCUGGAGCUGGAGGUGGCGGCGAGCCGUCGUCGUCCUCAUCGCUGACGCGCAGUCGCAGCAAUUCGCACAGCGGCAAGAAAGAGCCAAAGAGCGGAGAGAACAACAACGGCAGCGUUGUGCAGGACUCCGGCUUCUCAACGGAGACCAGUUCCUCCAAGGAGGGUCACAGUGCCUCCUCCACCAACGGUGCAAUGACUGUCGCCAUAGCAUCGAAUCGUCUGAGUUGCGCCGAGUCGGACGAUGAGCUUCUCAACCUGCUGGAUGUCAUACAUCGCAAAUCGAAUCGCUUACGCGAGGAGGUCGAACAUCUGCAGAGCUACGAGCGACAGCAGCAGGGCGAUGCCACGGCCAAGGGGCACAAGAGUGGCGCGAGUGGCAUGACGCCGCAACAGUUCCGCGAGCAGGUGGAUCGACUGAAUCGUGAGGAUAUCAAGCAGCUGCGGAAGGAGCGUGACAGAUUGCUCGAUAAGCUGGCUGAAAUGGAGGCGGAGACGUUGACGGGUCGCAUUAAGGCGGCCAAGAUGAACGAUCAGGUGGAGGAGUUGAUCAGCGUGAAAAAAGAUCUCGAGGAGCAGCUAAAGUUGGCCAUGGCUCAAAAGCUAGAGCUGAGCUCGCGUGUACAGCAGCUGCAGCUGCAACAACAGCAGCAACAACAACUGCAGCAGCCACAGCAAUUGCAAAGCAAAAGCUCAUCCAGCGCCAGCCAAUCGGAUUUCUCCAGUCAACGCAACUUUUCAUCCUCGGCGACGACGGUGCUUUCGAACAGCAGUCGCCCCAGCCUCAACAACAGCAGCAACAAUACGAACACAUUCCAGCCUGUUGUGCUCGACCAGCCGCAGGAGGCAUUCCAUCAAAGCUCAGGCAGUGAUACAGCAACGAGAAGACAACAGCAGCAGCAACAUCAGUUGGGUCGCUUGGAUGGCGUGGUAAGCACGCCAGGUGCACGCAACACCAAAUGCCGCAUCACAGAUUCGAAGCGCUUCUCGGCCAUACUGCUGGAGACGAAUGUGCUGGAACUGCAGCGUCAUCUGCUCACGUUGACUGUGCAGAAUCAGGUGCUCGCCCAGAAGCUCGACUCGUCGAGCAAGUCCAAAACACAGCUGGCCAAACGACUGGACAAGAGUCAAGAGGAUUCCGAAGAGCUACGCUUUCAGCUGGAGGAAAAGAAUAUCGAGUUGGAGGGCACCAAAGCGCAGUUGCGUGUGCUGGAAUCGCGGCUACACACGAGCAGCACGGCCAACUCGUAUCUGCAUUCAUCACAGCAUGACUACGAAACGAAUCGUUCAUCAGCGUCCACCACGCUGAUGCUGAGCAGACGCGGAGUGCCCGACUCGGUGGACUCCUCGUCAGCUGUAGUUCUGUCGACGACGUCAGCGACAUUGCCGCGCUCUGAUCAGAUUAGCACGCCCAGCAUGAAGGCCAUGGUGCCGCUGGCCAUGGAGGAGUUGCAGCAGCACAGCAGCAGCACGGAAUCCGCACACGAGCACGAAGCGGAACGCACGCCCAACGACACGCAGAGCAAAACAAUUGUGAAUGCCAUUCACAGUGCCAGUCCGCUGGGCAGCAGCACGCCCACAGCGCCGAUUCCCAGCAGCAGCAGCAGCAUUGCCGCUCGAGUGAUGAGCUCCAGCGUCGGCGGCAUCAGUCCCUAUCAAACGGAGCAGACGCCGAUGCGCAAUUAUGCGUUUCGCAAAUUCAGCAGCGCCAGCAAACCGAGCAAAAUCCCGUUGCCCGGCAGCAAGGCGGCCGCUUACUUUGCCGGCAAACCGCCCACGGGACGUGUCUCCUCCUCCUCGACGGCGGGACGAUCGCCGCCAUCGGUGCACAACUCCAGCAGCGUGUCGUAUGGCAGCAGCAGCAAAUCCUCGCUGAGUCGCAGCACUGGCAAUCUGAGUCAGAGCUUGAAGCGUGGCGAUUCGGCCUCCAAUCAUUCGCUGAGCACGAACACAAGUCGCAGUUCGACUUCAUCCUCCAUACCGCUGGCCACGACGCCGUAUUCAUCCAGCUCGGCUGGUGCUGGCGUACGCAACAACAACAGCAGCAGCGGCAACACAACAACAACUCCGUCCCCGCGUGUGCUCCAGAACUCGCCGUUGCCGAAGCUAAAGCGCGAGACGCUUAGCUCUCGAGUGCGGCACUUGGAUUCGCUAUCACGUGCACAACAAUCACCCGAACAGCAGCAACAGCAACAGCAACAACAACAGCAGCAGCAACAACUCAACAGCAGCGCCUCGCACAAGAGCAGUCCGUCGAGUGGCGGCAGCUCCAGUUCCAUUGCCGCCCAGUUGAGCACAACGUUGCGCAAGGACUUGCAGCUGAGUGCAUCGUCUGCGUCGACGUAUCAUCAACGUCGUGGCGCUGGCAACGUUGGCAGUGGCAGUGUCGGUGUAGCACGACGCUUUAGCAGCGCCUCGGUGGCGGGUGCGCGUUUGGCGCGUGAGCAUCAACUGCAGAGCAACAGCAGCGAUGCUGCAGCAGCGGCGGCUGCAUUAGCCACGCCCACGUCCAGUUAUGGCGACAGUGAUAGUGGCAAGAAUUUGGCAAAUUCGAUUUCUAAGCCAAAUUUCCGUUUCAAUAACAACAAUUGGCAAUUGUGGCAAACAAGCAACAACAACAACAGUAACAACUACAACAGCAACAACAACAUCAACAUGACAAUUCUGGAAGAGCAAAGAUGCUUCAAUGAGCUGCUGCUCCAUGAGGCGGGCAACGUGUCCGAGGAGACGGCCUACGAUUCGUAUUACACACAAUACACAACGCCCGAUUCAAUGGACUGUGCCAGCGAUAAUCUGCUGGUCACCUUCGAUUAUGGUUACAGCGAUUCCAUCGAAGCGUUGCCGGGCUUGAUGCCAACAACAACAACGGCUGCAGCUGAGGAUGAAGUUGGCGAUGCGGACAUUUGGUUUGGCACGCCUCCGAAUGAUGCCAACAAUCCAUUCAAGGUGCAUCAUGUGCAGCAUAAGCAAUCGCUGCCCGAAGAGAACAGUUUGCAGUCGCUGAUCUCCUACGAUGUAGACGACAUCGAGGAGCUGUCGGAACCGGAAUCCGAGUCCGAACCCGAGUCCGAGUCUGAGGCGGAGAUUGAAGAGGAAUUCUAUGAUAGCAUUGAAUGUUGAAUGCACUUAAAUUUUCACACACUCAAACACACACAGACACAUGCAUUAACAUAUAUAUCGGUAGUAGCAGCUAUAUAGAUAUAGCAAACACAUUUUUUGAUAACUGAUUUCAUCGUUUAACUAGUCUAUUUUGAACUUUUAUUAGGCACACGCAGCAAAAAAAGAAGAGCAUUGUUUAACGUUUUGUAUGUAAGCUUAAAGACAUGAUUUAUCCCAUAUGGACUAUAUAUAUAUAUAGAUUUGUAUGUAUGUAUGUUAUAUAUCAACUAGUUAGUUUUGUAUGUGCAAGAAGAGAAGAAGGGGGAACCUUGAUGGGUUUGUAUGUAUGUCAAAUAUUUGCUUAUCUCCUAUUUAUGACUAAAUUAAGUAUACGCAAUGUAUGCUCCAUAUAAUUUAUAUAUCAAUUUGAUUGUGUCUGCAUUCGGUUUAAGUUUAAAUUUAACAUUAUGCACUACGCCUACUUAUUAUACUACAUACAUAUGAUAUAAUUGUAUUUGUACUCUCAAACUAAUUUAAUUGAUGACUCUUUGUAUUAGACACAUUAGCAGCUACGCAACACUCGUAUAAUGUUUUAGUUGUUAUGGAAAUUUAGUUAACAGAUUUGCAUGUAAUGUGUACAUAAAUAUAUAUAUUUAAUUUUGAAUUAAUUAUGAUAUUUAAGACAAGAAAAAAAACAUACGAUACAUAUUAUUGUCUACACACAUAGAACUUAUCGUAUCCUGUUAUCAAAAUGCGUUUACUACAUUUAUAAAACGAAUCAACAAACAAAAAAAAAAGAAAAGUUGAACUUUGAAUUCGACUGUUACAACUAAAAAAAAUAUAUUCAAAAGGCGUGAAAUGUAAGCAAACAUAUAUCCAUUUAAAUAGCAAUUGUAAUUGAAGACAACAUACUUAUUAAAGAAAACAAAAAUCAAAUAUUGAGAAUUAAAACAAAAAAAUGAAAAUACAAA